UCUUGACAUACUGACUCCUCCAUAGCAAUCACCGCAGCGCUAUCACCAUGAAUGUUGAAGCCUGGUUCCGGCAACUUCCGCCAGAUGAGUUUCAACCGUUCGAGACGCAGCUCCGGGAGGCCUUGAUCGGCGUCGCGGCGAAGGCACAGGAUUUCAAGCUUCCAGGGGGCCGCUUCCCGUUGCAAGCCUGGAUCGACCGGCGACUUGGAGGAGAAGUGAGGGCCACUGUGGAGAAGAACUUUCUUGAAAUCGCUUUGAUACCGACGGCGCCGCUCUACACGCAGCACGUGGGCACCGACGAGGCGUUCUUCGCUGGCUUGAAGGAUGAUAGCUUUUCCAAGGAGGAGGAAGCCUUGCGCGAGUCGAUUUUCGACUUCCUGGCAGCCUGGUCUUCCCCAGAUUGGGCGAAGAUCCAUGACCUCAGUUCGGAUGCCAACGUUCGAGGCUGUUGCAAAAACUUCUUGCCUUCGUCCGUGGCCUUGGGCGACUGGAUCGAGCGGCGCAUCGGCGGGGAGAUCGAGAUCGACCAGGAGGUCGUGAAGGUUUGCAGCCCUGAGGCCAGGAAGAUUGUCUCAGACAAGUACAACGCCUUGCUCCAACAGCGCAAUGCCAAUCCUCCGCCUGCCAGGCCCGCAGCGGCCCCUGCGAGGUAUCCUCCACCGCCGCCGCCGCAAUACCCUGGAAAGGGCGCAGCCAAAGGAAAGCCUCAAAGUAAGGAGCGCUGGCUGGACAGCUUGCCGCAAAACGAACUGACAGGUGAAGAAGUGGACUUACGGCAAGCGCUGUUGGAUUGGCUGAAGCAGUCGUCACAACGGAGGUCAGCUGGCAAGGGAAAGUGGGCAGCUCCUUUGAUGGGAGAGGUCAUGAAUGACCCACGAAUAGCCCAAUGCCGUGCAGCCCUGCUACCGCCCAAUGUCUCCCUGAAGGACUGGAUCGAGGCGCGCGUGGGCGGCGAGAUCGAGCUGAAGAACAACGUGAGGGGACAAGUGGAGGUCAUGUUGGCUGGCGAGGGCCAUCAGGACUCGAGUGCCAUUCUGGAUUCGCUUCCGGAGGAUGCCCUCAACGACCAGGAGCUGGAACUGCGACAAGCGGUGCUCGGCGUGGUGUCCAAGUCACGCUGUAAGCUGCAUCAACUCGGUCAGAACCCUGCUGUCAUGAACGCCAAGCGGAGCUUCUUGCCCGACGAGGUGCUGCUGCGCGAGUGGAUCGAUCGCCGUAUUGGUGGGGAGGUGGAAAUCACACCGGACGAGUGGGUGUCCUCGCGGGCCAAUGGAUCCAAUGACACUGAGGAGCCCAAUGCAGGCAAAGGGGCCUGGAAAAGCCAACAGAGAGGAGAGAGAGGUGACAAGGGAGGCGAAAAGGGUGAGAAGGGUAGUGAGAAGGGCGAGAAGGGCGAGAAGGGCGAGAAGGGCGAGAAGGGCAAGGGCAAGAAUGGCAAGGCCUCUGGAGACUCCAAGACGGUGGCGGAGCAGUUCUGGAAAAGCUUGCCAGCUGAUAGCUUCACAGAUGCGGAGGAGCAACUGCGGGAUGCCAUCCUUUGCUUUUUGGAGAAUUGGACUGAAGAGGACUCGCCCAGCUUGUCCAAGGCGAUGUUGGACCCAGCCGUCCGCCGAUGUAAGUUGGAUGUCUUGCCUAAGGGCAACGUGGUUUCCUUGAAGGAGUGGAUCGAAAGACGACUGGGCGGAGAGCUCGAGAUCAUGAGGAAUGACUCGGGCAGUUUGGUCAUUGGUGUGCGUGGUGAUACAGAUACAGGAAAACGAGAGGCUCCGGACGACUGGGAACAGGGCCCAGGAAAAGCUCAGCGUGCUGAUCCCCAGUGAGAGUGAGGAUGAACAGCACGACAUUUUAAGACCCAAGAGACGUCGAAUGAAAGGGGACCUGAUUUCCCGGGCGAGCGUUGAUGCCGGAAAA